GGGACUUUGUUCUUUUUCUGUUGAUUUUUGCUUUCUUGUCAUAUGGCCUAUUUUGAUUAUUGGAUUCCCAUCAGAUCAUUUGAUAUUCGAUCUUCUUGAUUUGGCUUUUACGAAUCGGCGAAUCUGGCUAUUCGGAAUUUGUUAGUUUUGGGGUUUUGGGUUGAACUGUAGCUGGGUUUUGAAAUUUCUUAUAUUUGGGAUCUAGCUUUGAUAAAAUUCGCUGUUUUUGUUUAUGUUUUUAUAUUGAGAUUUACUUUUGCUGGAGGAUAGACAAGUUUUGUGGGUUUGGGUUGUAGAACUUUCGGCGUUUAGGUUGUCGGAUGUUGUUGAAUUAUAUAGGUGGAUUUAUAAAUGAAUCUGAAUUACAGAUGCGGUUCUGUUAGUUUUGUGGUUUUGAGUUGAUUUUGUGGAUUUGUGGUCUUGAAUUUCCCGAGGGGGUUUUUGUCUCUGAAUCUUGUGAGUCGUGACAAUGCCCUCUACUGAUAACCAGGGUUCUUCACCUUUGACCUCAUUUGGCCGCUCGAUCUGGAGUAUAAGGCGAGAACAGGUUCAUUCCAUGGAAGCUAAUCAUGAAUUUAGUGCCCAUGAAUUAGAGCUUGAAUUGUUCCAAAAACAAGUUACAGAACGUUUUCAUGAGCUGUCAGCUGUUAGUGCUGACGAUUUGCUCUCAAUUGCGUGGGUUCGGAAGCUUUUGGAUGUCUUUGUGAGCUGCCAGGAGGAAUUUAGGGUUAUAUUGGUGAACAGCAAAGAAUGGGUGUCUAAACCCCCUUUGGAUCGAAUGGUUGCUGAAUUCUUUGAAAGGAGUGUUAAGGCGCUUGAUAUUUGUAAUGCGACUCGUGAUGGGAUUGAGAAGAUUCGUUUGUGGCAGAAGCAUUUGGAGAUUGUUUUGUGUGCUGUGGAAUCUCACCAGAGGGCAUGGGGUGAAGGCCAGUUACGUCGAGCAAGAAAGGGUUUGAUGGAUCUGGCACUUGCAAUGCUUGAUGAUAAGGACUCUGGCUCACUACUUUCGCACCGGAACCGGUCAUUUGGGCGUCAUAACGCAAGCAAGGAUCAUCAUCACCGUCGCCAUCACUCCUCUGGCUCAGGCUCGGGGGGCCAUUCUCGGUCUCUUUCAUGGAGUGUGUCUCGUUCUUGGUCUGCAGCCAAGCAACUCCAAUCAAUUGCGAGCAACUUGAUGGCACCGCGUGCUAAUGAGGUUGCAGCUACAAAUGGGGUUGCAGUCCCUGUUUUCACCAUGAGCUUGCUGCUCAUGUUUGUUUUAUGGGUUCUUGUUGCUGCAUUUCCAUGUCAGGAUCGGGGUCUGAACACUCAUUUUUCAAUCCCGCGGCACUUCUCAUGGGCCACUCCACUGAACUCACUUCAUGAGCGAAUCAUAGAGGUAUCCAGGAAGCGAGAGCGCCGGAACUGUAACGGGUUGUUGAAGGAGAUUUAUCAAGUUGAGAGGUGUGCACGCCACAUGACUGACUUGGUAGAUAUGGUUCAGUUUCCAUUGACAGAGGAACAGAAAAUGGAAGUUGAGCAUGAGGGCCAGGAGUUGGCGCUGAUUUGUGAAGCUUUUAAGAAUGGAUUGGAUCCGUUGGAGCGCCAAGUGAGCCAAGUGUUCCGUAGGAUCAUGAAUUGCCGAACAGAGGGUCUGGAUUUCUUGAGUAAAUCAAACAGUUUGGAGUAACUGAGAUUGGUGAAUUGCCGCCGGGGAGCAUAAAAUGUACAAAUUUGAGAAUAUUGUUAUCUAUUAAUACCUAUAUAUAUAUAUAUAUAUAUUGCUUGCCUUUUGCUGCAAGGAGGAAGAAUGACAUGAAUUCAGGUGGUGAGCAACAAUAAACGGUUAAGCAGGUAGCUUUCUUGUAUUUGUCUCUAUACUUUUGUGUAUAAAGAAGAAGAUUGUAUUUGUAUCAGACUUUUUGGUGCAUGGAAGCACUUGGGGCUUGUUUGAAUAUAGAGUAUCGUUACUAUUGCAUCUUUAAUAUUUUAGGUGUUU